AUGAAGAUCUUUUCGCCCCGGGAUCUGAGUUAUCCCAUCACCGUCAUUGACCUCUUGAAGAAGCGCGACGAUGAGGUGCCGCGGUCGGAGAAGCUGUUCAACUACACGUAUGAAACUCGCGUCACCGAGGGCGACAAAUGGGGAGGCGAGAAGACGAUUAUGAAGAAGUUUAGGCAGACGUUUGAUGCGAGCACCGAGGGCAAGAUUCUACGCUGGUUCAUCAAGCCCGGUGCCGUCAUCGAGCGGUCGGGUAUCCCACUGCUCGAGAUCGAAGAGCCAUGCACGCACGAGACACAGUUUGGCGGCCUCUGCGUCGACUGCGGCAGAGACAUGACGCAGGUCGACUACCUGACCAAGGAGCGCGACGUGGACCGCGCCACUGUCAACAUGGCCCACGACAAUACGGCCCUGCUCGUCAGCCAUAAAGAAGCAGUGGCUGCCGAAGAGGAUGCCAAGAAGCGACUGUUGAGCGCGAGAAAGCUCACGCUGAUUGUCGACUUGGACCAGACCGUCAUCCACACCACGUGUGAGCGGACCAUUGCGGAGUGGCAGGCCGACCCCGAGAACCCGAAUCACGAUGCGGUAAAGGAUGUACAGGGCUUUCAGUUAGCCGAUGACAAUGUUUCAAACGUCGCUGCCAACUGGUACUAUGUAAAGAUGCGCCCGGGUCUGAAGGACUUCUUUGACAGAGUCUCCAAGCUGUACGAAAUGCACGUUUACACCAUGGCUACCCGAGCCUAUGCACAAGCAGUCGCCAAGAUCAUCGACCCCGAGCGCAAGUACUUUGGCGACCGCAUUCUUAGCCGCGACGAAAAUUACACAGACAAGCUGAAGAGUCUGACAAGGCUCUUCUACCAGAACACGGCCAUGUGUGUCAUUAUCGACGACAGAGCCGACGUCUGGCAGUACAGCCCGCACCUCGUUCGCGUGCCUGUCUUCAAUUUUUUCCCGGGCGCGGGAGACAUCAACGCAAGUUUCCUACCCAAGCAGCAGGAGCUGGUCUCGUUUGCCAAAGAUAAAGCGCCUCUGGCGCCAAAGAAGACGCAGCCGGAUGAAGAACCCACUAUUAGUGUCUCCGUUGCAGGCAAACCUGCCGAACCAGCUCCAGCCCCAAUACCACCCGAUGCUACCAAUGGCGACCUGCAACAGCUCAUCUCGUUGGCAGCGACAGAAGAUCUCGAGGAGCAGGCCAAAGAGCAGGAGAAGCUCAUCAUCGCACAACAAACCGAGCGGCCUCUAUUGCAACAGCAACUCAUACAAGACAAGGAAGAUGAGCAGGCAAAAGACCCCGAGAGCCCUGUUCAGGUUGAAAACGGCGACGCACAGCAAGCAGAACAGCCCAAGGUCCGGCACAGCAUCCUCAACGACGACGACAAGGGGCUGGAGAUUAUUGAGCGAAAUCUGCUUCGCGUACAUCGUACAUUCUACGAUGAAUACAGGAAAGCCAAAAAAGUGCCUGCUGGCGGUCGCAUCGCCGAACUCAAAGGUGAAAAGAGUCCCAAGAAACGGUCCAUGGACGAGUUCAUUCCUGACGUCGCUGAAAUCAUGCCACGUAUCAAGGAAGAGGUGCUCGACGGCGCCGUGGUGGUUUUCUCGGGCAUCAUCCCGCUUGGUGUAGACGUUUUAUCAUCGGACUUUGCACUUUGGAUCUCGAGUUUCGGCGCAGAAGUCAACACGAAUGUUACCCGACGAACCACUCACGUCAUCGCGAACCCCGACCGAAAGACGACCAAAGUCAAGAGGGCAGCCCGAUACCCUAAUAUAAAAAUUGUAAAUCCCGAAUGGAUGUUUCAAUGCUGCACUCGAUGGGAGCACGUGGAUGAGACACCAUAUAUAAUCGAAACAGACCCCAAUGAUCGUGGUGGAUCGCCGGGCCCUGACCUGGAAGACGAGAGUGUCAAUGGCACAGGCGAUGAAGAGACGGAGGUGCCGCACUCUCCGAUAGUUGAAAUGUCCGAGGAGGUAUGGGCUGCGGUGGAUGAUGAGCUAGCCGAGUUUAUGGACGAGUCAGAUACAGACGCCGGUAAUUCAACAGAGGUCAGCGAGGCGGAGGAGAGUGAUAGCAGCGUCAACAGCACAUCACGGCUACAGCGGCGGAAGAAGCGCACAAUGGAGAGGGUGACAUCACUCACCAAUGUUGUCACUGCGGAGAAGUCAUCUGGCCUCCCUAGUCCAGAGACUACCGGGCCGGAAGAGGAGCAGGGAGAGGAUGAGGAGAAGGCGCCCGAAGCAAAUGGUGUUGCGCCCGACCUACAAGAAGAGGACGAUGAGGCGCUUGAGGCAGAGCUGUUGGCGGGCUUUGACGACAGCGAUGAAGAGGAGUAGUACUCUUUUUACGCAUUUCCAACCGAAAGUGACUUAUGAGAACUUUGUAUAACGCAUCGUCUCACCUGCAUAGCGAGGUGUUUGGAAUUUGGGGCGUUUGACAUGUUGGGCAUUUUGUCUUUGGGAUACCUUAUUUAUUCAGGGCUCCAGUUUGUAGAGCCCCAACAACGAGCAGCGGCUUUCGCUCGUGCAAAUGACAUGUCUGAUAACGUUUUUA